GUACACUUUGUUAAUACACACUUUGUUCCCACAUCAUCACCUAAAAUAAGGGACAAAAUUAAAGGUGCAAUAAUUGCUUCAUAAUUAACUAUUAGUGGUUGGUACCGUGUCUAACAUUAUGGCAUGUUACCAACUCCUAGAACUCAAUGUCAUAUCGGCACAAGAUUUGGCUUCGGUGGGUCGCUCCAUGCGAACAUAUGCUGUCGCAUGGAUUGACCCAGACCGUAAGCUUUCCACACAGGUUGAUUCAGAAGGUGGUAGGGACCCGGCGUGGAAUGACAAGUUUGUCUUUCGGGUUGAUGAGGAAUUCUUAUAUGAUGAAAAUUCGACCAUAACAAUUGACAUAUACGCCGUUCAUUGGUUCAAAGACAUCCAUGUGGGUACGGCGCACAUCCUUUCCGAGGACAUCAUUCCACCAUCUCAACCUUCCAAUAACAAUAACUAUAAACCUUCUGGCAUGCACUUUGUCGGGCUCCAAGUCCUACGACCCUCAGGUCGUCCGAAAGGGAUUUUAAACGUUGGUUUGGCAGUUAUCGAUGGUUCUAUGCGAAGUAUGCCUCUUUAUACAAACAAUAACACUCCAUCUGUUGAAUAUCAUCAUAAUAAUGAUCACGAAAAUGAGGUAAGUCAUCAAGCCAUGCCAGAGCUUCGACGCUCGAAGAGUGAUACCAGCUCAAUGAUUGGCUCAGAAAUUGUGGAGCAUGAGAAACGACUCAAGACUAGAAAGGGAAGAGCAAGUUCCCAAGUUAGCCCUUCCGAAGUUAGCACAAACAGCAAGAAAAAGUCUAGCUCUAUUUUAAGUGGCUCUAUUUUUAGUGGCUCAAAAGUGAAGUCUAAGACAAGCUCGAAAAAGGGUAAAUCCGGAAAAACAAAGAAAAAAUAUUCAAAUGAGGUUAAUGCACAACCUAAAGUUAGUUAUGAUUACGAAGUUGGAUCCUCGCAAGAACCUCAAUUUCAAGACUCUCCGGCUUAUAGUACACCUAAAGUUAGUUAUGAUUACGAAGUUAAAUCCUCGCCAAAACCCCAGUUCCUAAACACUCCGGCUUAUAGUAAAGCUGGUGCACGAGCUACUUCAUUACAUGCAUUGGCCAUAAAUAACGCAGUGGCGAAUGCAAAUAUGGAGUACAGCACUCCAUACAGAACAAACAUGGGUCACCAUCGUCCUAUGAUGACGAACUCUGAAUUGGGUCCGUCAGCAUCAGAGGUGGCGGCGGCCGUUGCAAUGCAGCCUGUGAUGGAUGAGGAAGUGAACUCUACAAUGACAGGUUGGAGCUUGGAUGACACCAUUGAAGAAUUGGCACCUAAAAUUGAGAGAUGGCGGACAGAUUUGCCACCGGUGUAUGACAGCGGAGAGAUGUCAAGUAUGCCAAGUAUGCCAUUAUCAAGCAAAAAGAAAGGGAAGCGUUCACAUAGGCGAACAAUUGAUGACGAUGAUGGUGGCAAAAAUGGAAAAUUUUCUUGCUUUAGUGUUAUUUGUGGCGUUGAAUGCUCCAUUGUCUGCGGCGGCGACAAGAAAAAUAGGCUUCGCCGGACUGAAUCGAUGGACAAUGAAAGCUAUAUAUGAGAAAAUGGUGUGAAUUAGGUUAUGCAUGCCCUUAAAAACUUAUUUUCUUUUUUUCAAUGUUACUUUAUUUCCAAUAAAUUUCAUAUUCCCUUUCAAAUAUAAGUUUUGAUCAUGGCCUAAGAUUACGCUCUUACAGAUUAUGUAUGUUAUUACUUUGAUGAUGAAUACUACUACAAUUUUUAUAUUUAAAGAUACAGUUAAUAAUAUCAACCAUCUAAUGAAAAAA